UUCAAAAUGGCUUCCUCGGUCGUGUAAAUGUAGAGGCGUGGAUAGGAUAACGUUUCAUAACCUAGGUCUUCCAGGCUUGCACUGUAUACGUCCAAAGUGUGGUCGUGUUUAAGUUUCUACAGGCCAGUAUGCCGUUUUAGUUUCUCAAGACCGAUCAGCAGGAAUCCGAGUUUGGAUGUCACCAUUCAACCGUUGGGUAAACUCAUGCAGCUAUUUGCGAUGAAUCAACGCCGCUGAAGAGAUCAACGGAGUGAAAAUGGAAUGAUCAGCGAUCUUAAUCGCCAACAAUCACGACAAAGAGGAAACCGCAAAACUCAAUAUACAUACGUCAAAUGUUCAAAACCAGAUAAGCGGUUCGUGUAAAUAAAUACUUCAAUGAAUGUAAAAAUAUCAGUAGGUCGUAUCAUUAACUUUGAAGAAUGACUCAUAUUCAUUCAUAAAACAUUAUUUGAUAUACAAUAGAGUCAAAUCAUCUGCAAAGAACGGUAUGUUUAAUGGAGCACUUCUGCCGUGUAAUCAUCGCUGUGAAUACUGAAGAGGUAUCUCGGGUUACAAGUACUGGAAAAUAACAUCAUGAAAUCAAUUAAUAGAAAAUGAAACUACAACCAGGAGGAUGUGACGAACUAAAAUUCUAUGAAUCUGUUAUGUGAUCAGUUCAUAUGAAGAAAAAUAUAAACAUUGCUGUGAACGGAUUUGUAUCAAUGGCGCAAGUAUUGUUACGUCUGAUGCCAAUAUAGCGAGGGUGUUAAAUGAAGCUCAAUGCUGACUGUGAUGAGAAGAAUUCAUAAAUUGGAGUUUUGAAGAGUUUGAAGUUUGUUUUGAUUUUUUUAUUACGAAAUGAGGUACGUUGAUUAUUAAGAUACCAUUCAAACGCCUUAUCAACUGACGUCAAAAUGGAAAGACAUCGACGUAGCAGAAGUGCGCCGUUUAUCCCGCCAAGACGUCGCUCGCAUAAUACGACGUCACCUCCGGUGCCUUCGCGAUGGGGCACUUGCUUUUCUCACUCCGGAAAGGGCAACGUCGCCAUUUGUAAAACGUGCAUAACGUUGCUAUGCGACCAGUGUCUGCCAGACGUUCAGGCAGAACACAAACAUUGUGCUAUAGCCUUUCUCAACUCAAACAUUGACACCACGUGUAAAGACGUCACAUCAAAUCUUAUUAACCAAAUUGGACAUACGCAACACACACUAAAAAGUUUCCAUAGAAACCUAGCGUCGAAGAAAGAAAGAAUGGUUGCAAAGAAAAGUGAAACUAUUGCUGAAAUUGAACGUUAUUUUGUGCACUUAAAGGAAAAAAUAUUACAUAAGCUACGUCGGGAAGAAGAUGACCUUUUGGCCCACUUGAAUGAAAAAGUUGCAGACCAGGAACGUGUUAUUUCUGAGAAUAUUGAAAACUGUCGAGAUACCAUCGGCGUCAUUGAAGAGAAAAAAACUUGUAUAAAGAACAUAUCCAGGUUAAGCGUUGGUGUUCACCCUGACGUCAGUAUGAUCGGGACGCUGAAGAAUAUCAUUCAAGCAUCGGACGAAGUUAAACUGUGCUGCAAAUCACAGAAAGAAAUAGAGGCUGCAAGAGACGGAUUUUUGGUGAUCCGUUUCUUCGUUGACUCGGAAACGGAAGAAACUAUCUUGAACAGCAAGGUUGCGUCUGUAGAGAUCCUAAAUUCGGCGCAAGCGGACUGCCAAGAAGCUGGAAACCUGGAAGUAGAGCGAAUCACCGAGGCUGCGCAAAGCGUCGGAAGCGACCAUUCGUCGCGGACGUCACCGGAAAGCGACAGUGUUCAUGAGGAUCUGCGUGUUAUUUUGCCGCCAGUUAGACAACGGGAACGUAGCACCUCACCAGUGCAUUCCCGCCAAAACAGUAGACCGGAAUUGGGCAGAAAUAGUGCGUGUGAAAGGUCGUCCCCCGCGAAUACAACAGACGGCAGUUCUGAACGUCGUUCCUCAAAUAUUGAAGGGCGCGCAGAAGAUGCAGAACAAGUGGAAGUUGGCGCCUCUUUGUUCCAGUUGGAGUUACCGACACCGUCAGCUGCAUCGCCCGUUGAAUUGAUCGAUAUUGAAGUCAACGCCGAUGUCACUGCAACCCUGUCGCCAUCGUCCUCAUCUAGCACAUCAUCAACUCCAUCUUCCGUCUUUCCGCCAGUAGUGGCUGACACGCAGAUAUUAGCUGAAACCCGAGAUCCAGGAACUGGCUCCUCAACAACAGGUCAAGACGGAAAUAGCGAAGGUGAUGACUUGGACGUUGAAAACGACCCACCGCCUCCAUAUCCUGGACUACCAAGGACCACGCCGCGUCCGGAUGAGCGACCACCGCCAUACCCAGGCCCUCCACCACCACCAUACUCCCGGAACCCGACACCACAGGCGUCCCCGGCUUACGGAAGUGAUAAUGUUACGGCAAGCGCCUCGACUAGUCAAGCGGGAAUUGAAAAUGUCGAGCGUGCCUUAAUACCCGCAGCUGAGUUCUGUAAUUUACAAGAAAUAUCUCCACGUCCGCGUGGCAAUAAGAUUACGAAAGUGUUUUCUGUAAAUGAAGUUUAUGAUAAACGCUCUGCGGGAAUAUUUGCGCUCGCUGUUGUGCGUGGAAACGGAUUUGUUGUUGUUGAUCGCUGGAACCGGAAGUUGAAAUAUUUCAACUCUUCAGGCGUAUCAUACGGCGGUCUUAUAUUUCGCGAAGAACCUUGGGACGUUACGCUUAUCACGAAUGAGUUGGUGGCUGUUACAGUUCCAAAAAUGAACAUGUUGUACACAAUAAAAGUGACAGAACAAAGUGUGAAAGCUAUAAGCACGGUGAGCACUUCACGGAAGUACGCAUGUGUCGCGUACCACGAGCCGCGUCAGGUUUUUGUCUGUGGACAGGUGCCUCAGUUUGGAGAACCGGUUAUUGACGUCAUCAGCGUUGAAGGUGGGGCGAUUUUGCAGUCGUUCCGUCACGAUUCACAUGAACGUCGUGACACAAUGACGUUUUCCUAUCCACGUUACGUAAAAGUUACGGAAGACGGGAUAGUUAUUGUCUGUGAUUGGAACAUUAAGUGUAUAAUGAUGUUCAAACUUGACGGAACGUCAGUCGGACGUUAUAGAGGGACUGUUGAAUUUCCGCUCAACGAACCAACGGGGAUGGCCUACGACCCCGAUAAACGUGAGAUAUACGUUAUUGACUCCAAACACACGAGAACGUCAGCGGCAAUCCACACGGUGUCACUCACGUGUGAAUGCAAGGACAUAAUACGUUGGGAGAGCGAUUUACGUGUGGCGCCCGCCAUUUCCGCCUGCCAGCCGGGGUUUGCCGUUGGCAGCAAGAGCGGUGCCGUCAGUCUAUUCAGGCCGUCUUCUAGAAAUUCUCUUGUGUGAAACUAUGGGAAUUAAGGGACGCUCACUGAUUGUUAAUUUAUUCAAAUGCAACCUUUUUCAGCUAUUUAAUAUAAACAAAGCAUAUAUUAAUAUAUAUAAGAUUUGCACUGUUUCUUUUACGCGCAGUUACUAAUAUAUAGGCCAAUGGCAUCUUCUAUUUGUUCUUAGAUAAAAACAGUCAUGUAAAUUAUAUAUUUCAGAAACUGUGUGCUUUUUAUUAUAUUAUCAAAAUGCCGCGCCAUUCUAUGCUAGGAAUUUACUUUAUUUCUUUUGUUUUCCAUUAUGAAAUUAAAGUUUUAUAAAAAAAUGAAACUCGUUUAAGCUCGUUAUUCAAGAUCAGCACUGAUGGCAUGACUCAAAUAUCGAAGUCGCUAGUUCGUAACGUGUGUUUUUUUUUAAUUACAAAUAAACAUGU